CCUCACAAUUUACAAAGGUAGAGAUGAUUAAAAAAUCAGACACAAAGAAUUGAUAGGAUAGCAGGAUAACAAGCUUUCAAACUCAAAGGAUUAAUCCAGGUAACAUAUUUAGUACAUUCAUACUACGCUUGACAAUUGUUAAGUCCACUUUCCCCAGACCUUGCCAUGAUGAUGGAAAGAGCUGCACUGCUGGUGUUUUGCUGCCUGGUCAUGUCUUUAUCAGGCUCCCCAGUCUACCCAUCAAUAAGGUUUGGACAGAGGGACACAUCCAUCCUGAUGACCUCCUCCAUAGAAAAUCAAAUACCAGAGGAGCAAGAGGACAACACUCCCCUUACUAAAUCUGAGAUAAGGUCAGAAAGACAUGCUGAUGCCAUAUUCACAAACAGCUACAGGAAAGUCCUGGGUCAAAUUUCUGCCCGAAAGUUUCUUCAGACAAUCAUGGGAAAACGGCUUAGAGAGGACACAGAAAGCUAUGUAAAACGUCAAUCAGACAUCUAUGAGGGAACCUACAAACAUGAUCUAACUUCCAUUCAAAGACAACAGAGUUUUAGGGGACAACAUAAUGUCAAGAAAUCCAGACUUCUAUGUUGUGUCAGCAAGGGCUGGUCAUAAACAGCAGGUGUGUCUGUGGGAACAUGGGGCCCUGAGCAUCCCUGACAUUCAUCUCAACAGUUUCUUUACAGCACAUAUAAGCUUAUGAAGAACCAACACAUCCAGUUUACCACAUUCUACAAUACUUGUUUUCAAGACAUUAUGCAAGUGCAAUGUUUUCACAAUAAAGCAAGGAGAUUUUA